UUUUGUGGAUGGGAUUUUGGAUGCGCGUGGCCGCGUGCUAUUGAGAGCGCUAGGUUCGGGUAACUGUAUUUUUGCGUGGCCUGAACUGCUGUGCGUUUGUACGAGGAUCUGAUCUGAACAGUACAAACGGCUCGAAUCAAGGUUUGCUGAGGCGCUCGUGCGAGGACCCAGCCCAGCCCGCUGCCACCAUGCCGGUCAAGUCGGGCACAGUGAAGAUAUUCCUGGGGAACCUGAGCGACGCCGCCACCCCGGACACCAUCCGGCCGCUGUUCGAGGCGUACGGCAAGGUCGUGGAAGCUGACGUUAUUAAAAACUAUGGCUUUGUGCACAUGGAGGACGAGGCCGAGGCCAAGCGGGCGAUCACCGCUCUGAACGGGAAGGAAGUGUGCGGCAAGUCGAUGGUAGUCGAACUGUCAACCGGCCUCAACAAGCGCGGCAUGGCCAAGAGGGGCAGCGCCGGCGGCAGGUGCAAGAUCUUCGUGGGCAAUCUGCACAAGGACACCCAGCUGGAGGAGCUCCGCAGCCUGUUUGCCCCGCACGGCACUGUGGUCGAAGCCGACAUCAUCUCCAACUACGCAUUCGUGCACAUGGAGGGCGAGGAGCAGGCGCAGGCGGCCAUUGACGCCCUCAACGGCUACCAGCUGCACGGCCAGGACAUCCGCGUGCAGAUGUCCACCAGCAGCGUGCGCCAGGUGCCCGGCAUGGACAAGCUGGACAUCUGCUACCGCUGCGGCGUGCAGGGACACUGGAGCAAGGACUGCGGACGGCCCCCGGCGACAGGUUACGCGGGCGCAUACGCCGGCUACGCGGCGCCGGCUGCGGCGACGCACGACUCGUGGGGCGGCUACCAGGCGGCGGCGGCGGCGCGCGAGCGGGCCCGCUAUGCGCCGUACCCAGCGUACGGACCGGCACCGCCCGCCUACCGGCGUGACCCCUACUAUGACGUCACGCCGCGCCGCGACCCCUACUAUGACGUCGGCGGCUACUACGAGGCGGCACGCGCCGUGCCGCAGGAGUACUACGACGAGUACGACCUGUACGACCGGCGUGGGGCGGUGGCACGUCGCGCGGCGCCGCUGCCGGCCACGCAUGACCCGUACGACCCGUACGGUCUGGCGCGACGGCCGGCCACCGAGCAGCUGUACGACCGGCGGGCCACCGCCUACAGGUCAGUGCUGGGAGCAGCUGCCCGGGCUGGAGAUCCAGCCGGGUAGGGGUCCGGCCCGACGGCACUGGAGAGACAGCCGGGAGGGGAGGGGUCCGGCCCGACGGCACUAGAGACACGGCUGGGGGAAGGGGUCCGGCCCUACGGCACUGGAGACACGGCUGGGGGAGGAGUCCGGCCCGACGCCACUGGAGAGACAGCCGGGAGGGGAGGGGUCCGGCCCGACGGCACUGGAGACACGGCUGGGGGAAGGGGUCCGGCCCUACGGCACUGGAGAGACGGCUGGGAGAGGAGGGGUCCGGCCCGACGGCACUGGAGACACGGCUGGGAGGGUAGGGGUCCGGCCCGACGGCACUGGAGACACGGCUGGGAGAGAAGGGGUCCGGCCCGACGGCACUGGAGACACGGCUGGGAGAGAAGGGGUCCGACCCGACGGCACUGGAGACGACUGGGAGGGGCGACCCAACACGACGGGUGGUGGGCACGACCGCUCGUCGCUCGCACUGGGCAGUGUCGCUGCCCGGUCGGCGUGCCUGUCAGCCGCGAGAUAGUGGCGUCCUUCCGGCGACGGCGGCCCCUGCGGUCGGCGACCGCCCCGGGAGGCGGCGAGAGGGCCGGCGGGCGGACGCCUGAUGCUGAGCGGUCGCGGGCCGCCACACGGAGUAUAUACAUUUGUAAAGCGGGCGUCCGGUGACGAGAGGUCGCACUGCCAGCGAAGUCACUGGUGAGCGCGGCGGCGUCUGUGCGUGCUGACGUCCUCUUGCAGCGACGCCGUGCGUGGCCCGGCCGUCGGGGCUUAGGUGAGAGGCGGCGCGGGCCGCGCCCCGCCCCGCCCACGG